AUGAGUCAAUCCAGCCUGGUACCAAAGUCAACGAGUGAUGUUACCACCUUGACCCAUCCAGUGGUCGACCAAACCCUCCGGCCCUCAUCCGACGAAAUCCCCCCUCAUGCUAUCUCUGUCAAGUUGGGGAUAGCGAUCAUUAUCACAUUCUUUGUCGUCUUCACAGCCUUGAUGACUGCACGGGGAGCGUUGCAUACCAUUCCCACCCUCGUAUCGCUCUUCAACAAUAUGUUCCUCGCGGGCACGAUCAUCUUUGGUGGUGGGCCGGUGGUCAUUCCCCUCCUUCGGGAUUAUGUUGUGGAACCAGGAUGGGUCUCAUCACGCGAUUUCUUGCUUGGUCUUGCAAUUAUACAGACGAUGCCUGGGCCCAACUUCAAAUUUGCGGUAUAUCUCGGCGCGAUGACCGUUGCACGCUCCCCUUCUUCCCAUUCUAUUCCAUCCGUGAACGGUGCGAUCCUCGCUAGCUUGGGCAUCUUCACGCCCGGGCUUUGGAUUUUGGUCGGCUUCCAAAGUAUCUGGAGGCCUCUGCGGAAACGCGGGAGGUAA